AUGGAUCAGGCGUCUAACCGUGGUUCACCUGUUACUCCACCUGGUUUUGAGACUGUUAAUGUUGCUGCUGCUCCUGGUCAUGGUUAUGCUACAGGAGAAGAACUCAGAGGGAUAAGAGUUGAUGGUCAGCCUCUUGCUGCAGAGGCCAAUGCUAGAGCCACCAGGGCUCCGGUGCGUCAUCCAGCUCCUAUUGUCGACAGACAAGAGGACAUGUUCACAAUGCUGAGUGAAUAUGAUGGUGAUGUUGGCAGAAUUGAGGAUAGGGAUCGUAAGCAACGUCAACCUCCGCAACAACCUAGACAACAACAACAACAGCAACGUCCUUAUCAGCCGAGGCAGAGGCUGCAGUCUGAUAGACGAUUUGACCCAUUGCCCAUGACUUAUGCUGAGCUGCUGCCUGAGUUGCUCAGGUUGGGUUUUGUAGAGUUGAGGACGAUGGCUCCGCCAACUGUUUUGCCACCAGGGUAUGAUGCGAAUGUCCGGUGCGAUUUCCAUUCUGGAGCACCGGGGCAUAAUAUUAAGAAGUGUCGGGCUUUUCAGCAUAAAGUCCAGGAUUUGAUCGAUGCCAAGACGAUCAAUUUCGCACCUGUGCCAAAUGUUGUGAACAAUCCCAUGCCAGUGCACGGUGCUCAUAGGGUGAAUUGUAUCGAAGGGGUUGAUUCUGAGGAUUUGGUUGUCGAUGUCAGUGAGAUUCAGACUUCUCUGAUGGUGGUUAAGGGCCGUCUGCUGAACGGUGGUGUUCAUCCGGGCUGUGGUAAAGACUGCUUGGGCUGUGCAGAGUCAGAAAAUGGGUGUGAACUACUGCGGGCUGGUAUCCAGGGUUUGAUGGAUCGAGGUUGUGUUCAGUUUGGUAGGGCUGAAAACAGAGAACGUGGGGUAGUGUCUACUGUCACAAUCUUCUUCAAGCCGUCUGAAGGACGGGCGCCUACAACGAAUGGUAAUCCAGUUACUAUUUCUGCACCAGUUGCUACCAACACUCCAACAACAAUCAUUGCUCCGAUAAGAAGGACCGUGAAUAGUAAUGUUGUGCCUUGGAGGUAUGAUAAUGCCUACCGAAGCAAUAGAAGGGCUGAGAACAGGGUCAAGCCUUCAAAUCAAGUGCCCGUAACUAUCAGUGUGCCUGUCAGUAAAGCUCCUGCGGUUGUGAGUCCAGCUGUGGACAAUGAGAUUUCCGUCAAUCAGCUUGAGGGUGUAAUUGCUAACGUGAGUACCCGACACGGUGUGGGGUUCACAGAUCUUGAUUUGACACCCGAGGGUCGGAAUCAUAACAAAGCCUUACACAUCACCAUGGAGUGUAAGGGGGCUGUGUUGUCUCAUGUGUUGGUGGACACCGGGUCUUCGUUGAAUGUGCUGCCUAAGCAGAUAUUGAAGAAGAUAUCGAUUGAAGGGGUUGUGCUGACGCCAAGCGACCUGAUUGUUCGGGCUUUUGACGGAUCCAAACGUUCUGUGUUUGGGGAAGUAAAGGAAGACGUGUAUAAUGAAGUUGAUUUUCAACUUGUUAUGUUAGCAAAGAUUAAAGCUUUAUCAAAGCAAAUUGCCACCUCAACUCGAGUUCCAAAAAAUGCUAAUCUAGUUAUAGCAUUACAAUAUGAUUUGCGUGGUAAAGCUCAUGCUAAUGACCAUUGUGUACCAGAGGGAUAUGUCGAACAAACACAUUGUGUAGGAAAUUAUCAAGAUUCAGAUUCUUACUUUGAUAUCGAUAAUCCAUGGUGA